UGGAUUUGUGAAAUCCAUGUCCCCACAAACAUUCAUUUUCUCUCAACAAUCCCAUGAUUACUCGAACAUGUUUUCCGGAGAAAAGAGCAACUUGUUUGAUUAUUAAGCUAACAUCUGAGGUUUUGCAAAGAAAAGAGAAUUUAGCCAGCUGAAAGGUCUUAAGGUCUAUGAGAUGGAGAAAGAUUCUAUUGAGGAUAUGGAAAUUGAAGUUCUUCCUUCAAUGUGGCCAGAAGAUAUUGUCACUGAUGUUGGAAAACAGUUCAAUAUAGAGAAGCCUGGAAUGGACCAAGACAUGUUAGAGGAUGUAAUUACCACUAUAGAAGAACCAACUAUAGUUGAUUUCAAGCGUCUCAUGGAGCUCACAAGUUUCACAGAAAAGGGCUCUUCUCAGUUAGCAUACCUCAUGAAACACUGGGAGUACAAGCAAGCCAACGUCGCGCGCCUUCUCCGGGAAGAACUAGACAACCUGAGCAAACAAAGGCAUGAUGUUGAGCUGAGGAAGUUGGAGAUUUUGGAAGAGCAUCGGUUCGAGGAAGAAAGAUGCCCAGUUUCUAUAUUGGAUGAUGUUUAUGAUAUAUGGCUAGAUGUGCCUUGCAGGAAGAGUGAUUUUGUGGUUCAAAACAAGAAGAUUGAAAUUGAUGCUGAGUAUGAUACUGCUAUAUACUGGAAAGAGCGAGCCCUGCACUUGGAAAAGCUGCUAGAGCAAAGUGUCCAGAGAGAACAGAUUCUUGAAGAAAAGUUACAAGAAAGUAUAGACAACAUUGAAAGGCAAUCCUCACCAGUGGAAGAACUCUCCCAGAUCCUGAAGAGAGCAGAUAAUUUCUUGCAUUUUAUACUCCAAAAUGCACCUGUUGUUAUUGGCCAUCAGGACAAAGAGUUGCGCUACCGCUUUAUCUAUAAUCAUUUUCCAAGUUUACAAGAGGAGGACAUUAUAGGAAAAACAGAUGUUGAAAUAUUCACAGGAGCUGGUGUUAGGGAGUCUCAAGAUUUUAAGAAAGAAGUUUUGGAAAAAGGGUUACCUGCAAAAAGGGAAAUCACUUUUGAGACUGAACUAUUUGGAUCAAAGACAUUUUUGAUAUAUGUAGAACCUGUUUUUAGCAAGGCAGGGGAAACAAUUGGAAUAAAUUACAUGGGAAUGGAUGUAACAGAUCAGGUGAGAAAAAGAGAAAGGAUGGCAAAGAUUAGGGAAGAGAUUGCUGUUCAGAAAGCCAAGGAAACAGAACUGAAUAAAACCAUUCACAUUACAGAGGAAACUAUGCGAGCAAAACAAAUGCUGGCAACCAUGUCUCAUGAGAUAAGAUCUCCACUGUCUGGGGUUGUAAGCAUGGCUGAAAUUCUUUCUACCACAAAACUUGAUCAUGAGCAAAGACAGCUCUUGGAUGUCAUGCUAUCUUCAGGAGAUUUGGUUCUUCAACUUAUAAAUGAUAUACUUGAUCUUUCCAAGGUUGAGUCAGGAGUUAUGAAGCUAGAAGCUACCAAAUUCCGACCAAGAGAGGUAGUAAAGCAUGUUCUCCAGACAGCUUCAGCAUCAUUGCAGAAAAUAUUAAUCUUAGAAGGACAUGUGGCAGAUGAUGUACCUAUUGAGGUCAUUGGUGAUGUUUUAAGGAUUAGGCAAAUUCUCACAAAUUUAAUCAGCAAUGCCAUCAAGUUUACACAUGAAGGCAAAGUUGGGAUAAACCUUAACAUUGUGCAAGAGGCAAGUUUUGCAAAAGCUGAAGGCAUUCAGAAUAUGACUCCAGACCAUUCAACUAUUUCAGUGAAUGGAGUGAAAGAAGAAAAAUAUCUCUCAACUACUCAAAAUGUCAGUGAUCAAAAUCUUCUUGAUGGUAAAAAACAUGAUGACCCUUCAAGCCAAAACCAUGCAUUUAAUGAUGAAUGUAGAUCUCCAGUUAAAAGCGAAUGCUCAAUGAACGGAGCCACUGAAGAGCAACAUCAUUCAACUGAAACAACAAUGUGGAUACGUUGUGAUGUAUAUGAUACAGGCAUUGGAAUACCAGAAAAGGCUCUACCUACUUUAUUUACAAGGUACAUGCAAGUUAGUGCAGACCAUGCUCGAAAGUAUGGUGGCACAGGGCUAGGACUAGCAAUAUGCAAACAACUGGCUGAGUUGAUGGGGGGUCACCUAACAGUGUCUAGCAAAGAAAACCAUGGUUCUACCUUCACCUUCAUACUCCCAUGCAAGGUUUCAACAACUUGUGAUAAUUCUGAUUACUCAGAUGAGCUCUCGGAUAUGGAGAAUGAUGAUACUUUUGAUGAUACAACAGAGGGUUUCUUCCAAUUCCAACCAUGCACCUUGGGCUCUCUGUUCUCCUCUAAUGGAUCUGGCAGGAGUCAGAAGUUGUUACCACACAAAAUUGGGUACACAACACAUAAAUUCAAUGUGUUUUCAGAGAGUUCAUAUUCACUACCCUUUAAUGACAUCAUAUCAAGAGGGACAUGUUCAGUUGGUGAGGAAUCUUCAGUGAUCGAUGCUCAAGAGAUGUCUGAAUCAGCUAGUUCAUCUAGCCCAGAAACAAAGAGUUUAAUUAGUAAAGUUGAAUGGCAGAAAUAUAAGACUCAUGCCUGGUCCUUGAAUGGUAGUGAAGAUUCUCAUCAACCUAAUAGAGAAAUGGUUAUAGAAAUGAAGUCAAGUGAACCCCAACAGACAUGUCAUGGCAAAGAGAAGGCAAACACAACCACUCACUAUGUUUCUAGCAGUGGUACAUCAGAAGUGACCAAACCCACAUUAAAGCCUAAGAUCCUUCUUGUUGAAGAUAACAAGAUUAAUGUCAUGGUGGCACAAUCCAUGAUGAAACAGUUAGGACAUAGCAUAGAUGUGGUAAAUAAUGGAGCAGAAGCAGUGCGUGCAGUGCAGCACUGUACUUAUGACCUGAUUUUGAUGGAUGUAUGCAUGCCAAUUAUGAAUGGUCUUCAAGCAACAAAACUGAUUCGAUCUUUUGAGGAAACAGGCAACUGGGAUGCUGCAAUAAAUGCUGGAAUCGAGCACAGUCUACCAGAUUAUGAAUGUUCUGCACCAUCUAAAAAGCGAGUCCCCAUUGUUGCGAUGACAGCAAAUGCUUUGUCAGAGAGUGCUGAAGAGUGUUUUGCCAGUGGAAUGGACUCAUUUGUGUCAAAGCCUGUGACUUUCCAAAAAUUGAAAGAGUGUCUUGAACAAUUCCUACUGUGAUAAUAUCCUUGUAAUUCCUGCUUAUGUAUAGAAGAAUGUGGGCCUUGGAAAGUUUUGUAAUGAACCUCCUUCAUUAGUGUCUACGUCUACCUUGUAUAGAUCUACAACUUUUUGUUUUUGUUUAUGUCCCCUGAGUUUUUAGUAGUUUUCAAGGGGUGUAGAUUUUCUGUAUAAUAUUCAUUAUCUAGGAGCCUAGGAUAGCUGAAGCAUUAAUGUAGAAAGAAGUAUUUCCAGAAAGCGUAUGUAUUGGGCACAUUUUCACUACAAAGGAACUUCAAAAGCCAUAUCUAACAGAGACAA